GAGGUAUUUUAUCAGCUGGCCAGGGCCAAACCAGUAGGAUGGCAUAGCAGCACGUCUUUUACGAGGUGAAAACGGAUUGAUCACGGAAACGCUCCACUAGUUCUCCCGCAGAGACCGGACCAGAGCGAGCUCCGUCAUGAACGCCAAGCUGGAGGUCCUCGCUCUGGUGCUGGGCUUCCUCGGCCUCGUCGGCACCGUGGCCGUCACCGCCAUGCCCAUGUGGCGCGUGACCGCCUUCAUCGGCGCCAACAUCGUCGUCAUGGAGAUGACGUGGGAGGGCCUGUGGAUGAACUGCGUCUGGCAGGCGGGCGUCCGAACCCAGUGCAAGGUCUACGACUCGCUGCUCAUCCUGACCCCUGACCUCCAGGCCGCGCGAGCCCUCACCUUGGUGUCCGUCGGCGUGGCGGCCGCCGCGCUUCUCGUCGCGUUCUGCGGGGGGCGCAGGACGGCCUGUUGCCGGGGCAACCCCAAGGGGAAAGACGUGACGCUGGUGGUGGGCGGGAGUCUGUUCCUGCUGGCCUGCGUCACCACGCUGCUGCCCGUGUGCUGGACGGCCCACGCCAUCAUCACCGACUUCUACAACCCCGUGGUGUCGGAGGCGCGCAAGCGGGAGCUGGGCGCGGCUCUCUACGUGGGCUGGGGCGCCGCCGGCCUGCUUCUGGCCGCCGGCGCCAUCCUCAUCUUCAGGUACUCGGCCCGCCGGGAGAAGGAGAGGGGCACGCCGACGUAUGGCGCCGAGGGGUACCACGUGACCGGCACUGAGGAGGAGGACCGGAAGGAGGACGUAGUGGACGUGGCUCGUUCCACGCAGGCUGGGAGCCUUUACGGGAAGCAACAGUACGUCUGAGGAGCGGACGCAACACGCACACGCUGACCGUCCCGCGGGGGAAUAACAGCACUGUCCCGGUUAGGAUCACAUGAGAUGGGGUUAGAUCAAAUGUACAUUCAUUAAUCGCACAUGGGUAUUCAAGGAGUCACAGCAUCAAGAACAGGACAGUGGU